AUUGCAAUGUGUCUAAACUCUAAACGGCCAUCAUAUCGUGCCGCGGCUGUAGUCAGGGUAAGGGUCCCAUAAAAUUGGGUAGUAUAAUAGGCGCAUCAUUCUUUCGGAGAAUAGUACCUACUUAAUAGUACGUCCAUGCUCAUCUUACAUAUUAUACUUUAUCUAUGGUUUCUAUUUGCAUGUUUGUGUGUGUGUGUCCAAUGUCCAAGGUCCCUGACCUUCAUUUGAUUAGUAGGGGUAGGUAGGUACCAAAAAAGUGAACUUUGGAAUAGGUACUUUCAUUCAUAGUUAGUUGAUAAAUCGUUUUUAAACUUCUAUCAGAUUAAAAAUUUAUUACGUUUAUAAGAAUCAAGUAGUAUAAUUCUAUCAGUUUGAUUCAGAUUUAUUAUAAAUAUCAUAAAGAUGCAGUUUGGAGUUUUAUCAAGAAAGUUUUCCACUUCAUCAGCUUUACAAGUAGCAAUCAAAAAUGUUACCAUCAUAGGCGGCGGCUUGAUGGGUUCAGGGAUCGCUCAGGUAUCUGCACAAGCUGGUCAAAAUGUGACUCUCGUGGAUGUUAGUUCAGAUGUGUUAGCAAAAUCACAAAAGUCUAUUGGAGAUAACUUGAGUAGAGUCGCAAAAAAACUGUAUAAGGACAAGCCACAAGACGGAGAGAAGUUUGUCAAAGAUUCAAUGGCCAGGAUAAAGACUGCAACUGAUCCGGCAGAAGCAUCCAAGUCCGCCGAUCUUGUGGUGGAGGCGAUUGUUGAAAACAUAGAAGUUAAACAUAAACUUUUUAAACAACUUGAUGAGGCUGCUCCUCAACAUGCUAUUUUGGCAUCCAAUACCUCAUCUUUAUCCAUCGAUGAAAUUAGCUCUGUUGUGAAAAGGAAAGACAAAUUUGGAGGCCUUCACUUUUUCAAUCCAGUGCCCGUGAUGCGUCUCCUUGAAAUUGUAAAAGGAGCUGAAACAUCCGAGGAAACCUACAAGUCUAUGCUCGAAUGGGGCAAGUCAGUAGGCAAGACUUGUAUCACUUGUAAGGACACUCCUGGAUUUGUUGUGAAUAGACUGCUGGUGCCAUACAUUUGUGAGGCUAUAAGGCUGUAUGAAAGAGGUGAUGCUUCUGCUCAGGACAUUGAUAUUGCCAUGAAGCUAGGAGCAGGCUAUCCAAUGGGUCCUCUAGAGCUGGCAGACUAUGUCGGUCUUGACACCAACAAAUUCAUUUUGGAUGGCUGGCAUAAGAAAUUCCCAGACCAACAACUGUUCAAACCAAUUCCUCUCUUAAAUAAGUUAGUUGCUGAAGGCAAACUGGGACGCAAGUCUGGGGAAGGUAUUUACAAAUAUGACAAGAAGUAAAUGUACCUAUGAUAUUAUGUUGUAAGUUUUGUAAAUCAUGAUCUAUAUUUUUUAAGUUGUUUAAGAAAAUGUUAUUGUAAUCAUUAAAAAUCAACUAAAAUAGUUAUUAAAAAGUACCUACUCUCUCUA